CUCCGAGUAAAUUGUUUUGACACAUCCAUAGAGGGCGGUAACACUGUGUGUUUUAUCUUUACUCUGCAUGCAUUCAUUCCGUGUGUACCGUACUAGUAUGUUUUGUCAACAACUCGCUUUAUAUUUGUUCGACUAGCUCGUGAUCGAUCGUGACGUUCAAGCUUUACUUGUCCUACACACAAGUAAUAAUACUGCGUUAGACAAAAUGGAGAUAAAACAUCUCUGUCUUCUUCUGAUGUUCGUUAGUUCAGCUGUAGCUGUCAAAAAUGGAAUGAACAGGCCAAUGGCAGGGGGUCUUUUCGACCCUCCUGACAUGACUUCGGUUCCGCAAGAAGUUGUGGAGAAUGCGCUGAUGAAAUUUGAAAGUGUGAGAGAUCGUCUGGAAUCGAGAUAUGGUUACAGUUUGACCAAACCUUCAGUGACGCAAGUAAAAUCUCAGGUCGUGAGAGGCAUGAUGUACCAUGUUACACUCAUCGCUGGAUCAAUAAGAAGCUCAAAGGACUUCAGCUCUGUCCGAUCAGCCGCUGGGAAGGAUUUCAUCCAGUGUACCGUCAGAGUUUGGAGCCAGCCUAUGAUGAAUUCUGAGAGGCGCCUAUCUGUCGAAGCCCAAGAACUCAGUAUCACAGAUGAUUGUCAAGCAGCAGAUAUGACAAAAUACAUGGAUGCAUAUCGUGAUCAGUUUGAUGAGUUUCUGAUGAAAUUCAAGAGAGGAUACAGAAAGAAUGAUGGCACAAAUGAAUAUGAAAACCGCUUCUCAGUGUUUGUUCAGAAUAUGUUGACUGUGGAGAUGCUGAAUCAGUUUGAGAAAGGAACAGCAAAGUAUGGUCCUACUAAGUUUGCUGAUAUGACAGAGGUCGAGUUCCGCAAUAUCCAGUCCGGCCAUCUGAAGACCACUGGGAUCACCAAGCAGGCAGCCAUUCCUCAGGGUCCAGUACCCCAGGAGUAUGACUGGAGAGACCAUGGUGCGGUCACUCCGGUCAAGAACCAAGGCCAGUGUGGAUCCUGCUGGGCAUUCUCUGCUAUUGGUAACAUUGAAGGACAGUGGCAGAUCAAGAAAGGACAGCUGAUAUCAUUGUCAGAGCAAGAACUUGUUGAUUGUGACAAGGUUGAUUUAGGAUGUGAAGGAGGGGAGAUGAGAGAUGCUUAUGAAGCUCUCAUCAAACUAGGAGGAGUUAUGAAAGAAGAAGCAUACCCAUACCGUGGAGAAAAUGAGAAAUGCAAGUUCAAUGUGUCGAAAGUUGACGUGAAGAUUAACGGCUAUGUGAAUAUCUCCAAGAAUGAAACAGAGAUGGCCGGAUGGCUAGCAGCACAUGGACCUAUCUCCAUUGGUAUCAAUGCCCUGAUGAUGCAGUUCUACUUUGGAGGAAUCGCACAUCCUUGGAAGAUCUUCUGCAAUCCCGAUGACUUGGAUCAUGGUGUCCUCAUUGUUGGAUAUGCUGUCAAAGAUGGAGAACCUUAUUGGAUUGUCAAGAACAGCUGGGGAGAAGAUUGGGGCGAAAAGGGAUAUUAUCUUGUUUACCGUGGCGACGGAACAUGUGGGCUGAAUCUGGAUAAUACCUCUUGCAUUGUGGACUAGACCUCACUGGAUAUUGGAAUUUCUAUGAUGUGAAAUACAUUCCUAUCAUGCACUUUUAGCUGUAAGACAAUUGUAAUGGUAUAACUGAAAAUCUUCAAUAAUGAUUAAGUCUGUAAAUUUGAACUUAUUUAUCCAUGAAUUACAUGCUCAGGAUAUUUCACAAUAUGGCACUAAAUCAUGGGAGAGAAAAUGGACCAUUGGUAGUUGUCCUAGGGGGUGACUGUCCUGGAAGUAGUUGUCCUAGGGGUGAUUGCCAUGCAAGGCAUACCAUCUAUCGGUUUGGAAGUGGUUUUGUUUGCAUGACUGUAACAUUGGUAUCAAGUGCCACCAUACAGACAUAUUGAAUGUGAAGCUAAUUUGUCUGAGACCAAACUUAUCACAGAAGUGGCACCAUUGAGAUUGCUUGUUUCAUUACCAACUUAGUUAUAUGCAUUCAACAUUUUCUAUGAAAUUGUAAAUAAAGUAAUUUAUUUGAUUUUUUUACUUAAUAAGUAUAGCUGUCAGUGGCACUGGAAUGUUGUGAUCAGGCAAAGAUUAUGGGUGGUAAGCAACUAUGCGUUAACAUUUCAACCCACAACACUUUGCAUUGAAGCAUUUUGGUGUAGAGUGGUUUUGACUGUCACCUUGUAAUCAGAGGGUCAUGUGUUCAAAUCCCACUUUGGCCUACCAUCUCUUGGGAAGGCAUCAGCGAACACUUUGCCACUCUCCACCAAGGUGUUAUGGGUCCCUGAUAGGAUGCUAAAGCCUAUGUAGUGUGUGCGGCCUAGCAAUUGGGUGAUUUCAAGUCCGGUGUUGGCCUUGGUGUUGGUGUUAGAAUUUGGAUUGCUUCCCCUCGUCCCAAAACUUAUUCAGAUUUUGUAAAACUGAUCCAGAUCACAUUAUUGACAUCUCAACAACUACUGAGUUAUUUUCCGGGACCAUCUUCAUUUUAUGUUUGGUGUUAUAAUCGUAUAAAAAUUGACCCAACACCAAAAGGUCAACACUGAACUUGAAAUCACCCAUUGUGUUUGGAAACUUUUGUUGGAAUGCUCUCCAGGGAGUGGGGAAAGUGCAUACAUUGUAUAUGGGCAAGUCAGAUCCAAUGACUGGGGUUAUAAUAUAUCUGUAAAGCGCUUACAGACGUUGUUCUGAUGUAAGAAGUGCUAAUUUAAAAGCGGGUUAUUAUUUGUCUGAGCAGUACAUUCUAGUGUCACUGUGGCAGUCUAUACCACACUGAUUCCAUGUAGCAAUAAUUACCUUAUGAUACUACUGUCAAACCAGUGAAUUUCGCAUUUAUUUAGAAUUCCUACCAGUAUGUAUUUUAUGACAAUUGGUACUUCAGCUAUUUAGAGGAUGUGUAGUCCACUUCACUAUGUUAUACCUCUGUGUGAUGUCAAUCAUAAAUUCUAAAUUUCUUUAUCAUAAUGAAAAUAUGUAAGUAAAACCUCCAAGUUUGAUGAUUUUUUUAAGCCUGCUCAUUUCUGGCAAUCAUAAAAUUGAAUUAAAAAGAUUACACUUCUAGCAUCAAUUUGUCAAGCGAUUUGUAAUUAGUCAAAAAAAGUAAUAUAAAUCAUGCACAAAAUUAGAUGAAGAUACUGUUAAUGUACUGUAAAAUACUAUGCUAUGCAAAAACUAUUGAGGAUGACAUCUAUACAAUAUAUUUUAACUGUUAAUAAAUGAUGGACUUUAUAUUUUCAUAAGACACAGAUGUAUUAUUGUGAUGAUAGUUCUUGAUUUUUACAGUAUAAAUAUGAAAAAUAUGAAUCAUGUUGUCAAGACAUUGAUGUAUGCAUUAUUGUCAUGAUAAUGCUGUUAAUUUCAUUUAUAUUUAUUUUUAUCAUUGGAAAGUUGCAAUUAGUGAUAUUAAAAAGAAGGUUUUAAAGUAUAUUCUCUAAAUCAGAAAAGAAUAGUUAUGUAUUAAAUGAAAUCUAAGAAUAUUUCCUUUUAUUUGUUAGUUCAUGCCUAGUUCUUCUGACAGUUUAUUGGCAGAGAGAACACAUACAUUCAUGAUGUCAUAAGUGCAAUGUACACCAUGCAUGCAAGGGUAUGGUAAGUCCUGUAUGCCAAAUAUGUAAACAUGCGUCUAGAUUAACCUCUUGUCUGUAAUCUUUAACAUAUCUUUUAAUCCAUGGUUUAGCACCUUUUAUGAACCAAGGCUUUUUAAAUUUGCAUCUCGUUCGGUGAAUUUCAUGAAAAAGCUUCUUUCUGGCACAAAUUACAACAAUCAUCUCGUCACUUCAGUACAUUAUUUGCAUUAUUCAUAUAUAUAUAUAUAUAUAAAUUGUAAACUAUUGUCAAUGCAACAGUGAGAAAGUACACCAAAUUUAUAUCUUCAUUAUAGACAUUCUUAAACUUUUCAACUUGCACUAUGCUUAGCAAAUCAUUCUUACAGUUUGCCCCAAUUGGCACGUAUUCUGAACUUCAGUUGAACUUGGCAUGUCUUCAUGAAUAUUCAUUAGGUGGGCUGUAUUGUAUUUUAUUAUAUGAAAUUAAGUUCAUCCAAAAUUUUUCUACCAAGAACUAAAACAAUUGGAUUGACAACUGAUUAAGUGCAUUAGAUAUUUAUUGCCGCAACUUAUUCCAUGGAGACACAUUAUUAACACAGUUAUGAAAAAAAGGAAACAAUUAUGAUUUCAUGUAAUAACUUAAGAAAAAGGGAAAGUGGGGAUGUGACAUCAACCCACCCAAUGAAUAUUCAUGACAAUGUUCAUGUAACUGUUUUCACAAAAUAUUGAUAAACUUUAAAAUUCGAUAACUUCGUUAUUUUGUUAAAAUUUUCAGCAUUUUGCUCUGAAUUUUAAUCUUUAAUUAUGUAGAUAUGAAAAUUUUCAUCCCGGACCAUCCCUUUACAUCAAAACAAUAUCCCAGUAUAUUCAACAAAACAAUAUCCCAGUAUAUUGGAGAAACAUAGAUGCAUUACAAUGUAAACAAAUGGAUAUUUUUGGCUCUACGUAAUUUUAGCCCAGACUUUCAUGUAGAUCUUGUUAAACUGGGGUACAAAAUACGGGUCAAUGAGUACAAGUCAAUAAGUUGAUGAUGUAUUUAGAUAUUCAGUGCAUUUUCUUCAUAUUUUGUCAUAAGUAUUUUUUAAAUCUACAUUGUGUAUACAUUUUCAUAAUCUUACCUCUGUCACCUCAUUUUAUGUUAGACUUGAUUUUAUUUUUAUAUGUUUUGUUGUUGUAAUCAAUGUCAGGGUUGCAAAUAUUUUGUUAUUUUUAUGGUGAAAUUUCAUAUCACUGUUCACAAAAUUUUUACUAAUAAACCAUCAAUUUGUGAUAUCAGAAAGAGGUGUCUUCUAGUUUAUGAACAUGGCAUUAUGUUGAAAAUAAAAUCUUUGACAAACUUU